AUGGUCAGGCCAGGCUGUCCAGUCAUUCUGCUCCAUAUCUUCAGCAUCUUUGCACACACAAGAGGUAACACUCAGGAUACGCUGUAUCCAUAUGGACCUGGCCAUAGGGAUCUAGAGACUCCAAAGAUGGACGAUGGAAGUUCUCCUGAAAUUACUUUGCUCAUCCCCUUUAUUUUCUUCAAUAUCCCUUACCGCUCUAUCUAUGUCAACAACAAUGGUGUAAUCUCCUUCAACGUGCAGGUUAGCCAGUUCACACCAGAGGCUUUUCCCCUGAGUGACAGCAGGUCAUUUAUUGCUCCACUCUGGGCAGAUGUGCACAAUGGCAUCCGCGGAGACGUGUACUACCGGGAGACCACCGAGCCAGAAAUUCUCGAAAGGGCAACACAAGAUGUCCGGAAGUAUUUCAAAAACAUGCCCACCUUCACUGCCACAUGGGUCUUUAUUGCAACAUGGCACCAAGUCACUUUCUAUGGAGGAAGCCAGACAACUCCGGUGAACACGUUCCAAACUGUACUCAUCUCAGAUGGCGUGGCAUCCUUCAGUAUGUUCAACUACGGUGAAAUCACAUGGAGCACAGGAACAGCCAGUGGUGGAGAUCCAUUAACAGGAUUGGGCGGUACAACAGCUCAGUCAGGUUUUAAUGGUGGAGAUAUUGGCCAUUUCUUCAACCUGCCGGGAUCGCGGUCAAAUGAUGUAGUGAACAUUGAACAAACAACUAAUGUAAAUAUUCCUGGGCGCUGGUUCUUCCGUGUAGACACUGAGCUGAUUAAUCCUGCCAAUGGCUGCAGCUACAAUGGCCGUUACUACAGACGGGGAGAGAUCUUUUGGCUGUCUGACAGAUGCUCACAGCGGUGUCGCUGCCUCGACAUCGAUAAUGAGGUGCAGUGUCAAGAGGCUCCGUGUGGGCAGCUUGAAACCUGUGAGCAGCUGGAAGGAGCCUUUUACUGCCAGCCCACUCGCACCAGCACUUGCGUGGUAUUCGGAGACCCCCACUAUCACACCUUCGAUGGCUUCCUCUAUCACUUCCAGGGGACCUGCUCCUACCUGCUGGCUCGGCCCUGCUGGGAGGUAGCAGGGCUGCCCUUCUUCAGUGUGGAGGCCAAAAACGAGAACCGUGGAGCUGCCUCUGUUUCCUGGCUUAGAGACGUCACAGUGGAGGUGUAUGGUCACCGAGUUACGCUGCCAAAAGGAAGUUUUGGAACAGUCCAGGUGGAUGGCUUGGUGAAGACUUUACCAGUCCAACUCCAGCUUGGUGCUGUCAGGGUGUACCAAUCUGGGGUUGCCAUUGCUUUAGAAACUGAUUUUGGACUCUUGGUAACUUACGAUGGCCAACAUUACGCAUCCAUCUCCCUACCCAGCUCCUACUUCAACAACACUUGUGGCCUUUGCGGCAACUAUAAUGAUGACCCUGCCGAUGAUCCCGUACUACCUGAUGGCACUCUGGCAGAAAGCGUAGUGGAGCUGGGAGGCAGCUGGAGAGCAGAGGACACAGACUGGAGGUGUACAGAUGGAUGUGCACAGAACUGCAGCAUGUGUGACCCUCUUGUAGAAGCUUUCUACUUUCGGCCUGACUACUGUGGGUUAAUUAACAAAACUGAUGGACCAUUCAGGGACUGCAGAGCUGUUGUGGAUCCUACAGCCUUUGUGUACAGCUGCGUUUAUGAUAUGUGCAGCAACAAGGAUAACAUCACUACUCUAUGCCAGGCCAUACAGGCCUAUGCUCUGGCUUGUCAGGCCCUUGGUGUCACAAUACGACCUUGGAGAUCUCGCACCUUCUGUGAUUGGUCUUGUCCAGACUUCAGCCAGUAUCAAGUGUGCACAAGCGCCUGUCCAGCUUCCUGCUCAGACCUCACCGCUCCCUUGUACUGUGCUCAUCCUUGCACUGAGGGCUGCCAGUGUGACCCAGGCUAUGUUCUCAGUGGCAGCCGCUGUGUACAGCGUGAAGACUGUGGCUGUGAGCAUAAUGGCCUCUAUUACCCUCUUAAUGCGACUUUCUGGGUAGGUCCCAGCGGUGAAGAAGGAGAAUGUACCCUCCGGUGUACCUGUGGGCCUGCUGGGGAAGUUUCUUGUUUCAAUGAGUCCUGUAAGGAGGGUGAGGUGUGUAAGGCAGAGGUUGGCCUGCUGGGUUGCUACCCUCGAAGAGAAGGGGUUUGCUCAGUCACCCAAAACUCAGUGACAUCCUCCUUCGAUGGCACCUUCCUGUCGUUCCCAGAUGACAGCUCUUAUUACUUACUGAAGCUGUGCGCUCCAGUGCCAGCCAAUGGCUCGAUGGUGGAGGUGAAGCUAGGUCGGCGGUUGGUCAACAAAGGGCCUGCUUGGAAAAGACCUGUGGUAGUUACACUAGCUAACUUGGAGGCACAGAUGGGAGGGUUGGAUUUUGAUACAGUCAAGGUGAACGGUGAACUAGUGUUGCUCCCAUACGUCCAUCCAAUGGAGACAAUGAUGAUCUACAGAGCGCCGGGCAAUGCAACAGUGGUGGAGUCCCGCGGUCUGCUUCGUGUCCACUACACACGUCAAGGAUUCCUCAAUAUCUCCCUUUCAACCCUCUUCUACAAUGUUACUUGUGGUCUUUGUGGUGUUUUCAAUAGCAAUGCAACCGAUGACCUUCGCCUACCCAAUGGACGCCAGGCAGAGUCAAUCGAACAGUUCACAGACGGCUGGCGCUCCAUUGCUGAUGAUCUUACCUGCAACGGUGACUGUGACGACCUGUAUCGCAUGUGCACAGACUUACGUCUUUAUCAGAGCCCUUGGAUGUGCGGCAAUAUCAACGACCCCGGGAAUAGUUCCUUUCUUGCGUGUCACACAGUGGUUAACCCCUCGCCAUUCUUCAGGAACUGUUUGUAUAACAUGUGCGUGAGGGAAGGGAACCGCUCAGCCCUGUGUUCUUCGAUGCAGGCUUACGCCACCGCCUGUCAGGAUGCUCAAGUAGGACUUGCUUCAUGGAGGAGCACCACCAACUGUCCUCUUCCCUGUCCAGAGAACAGUCACUUUGAUGAGUGCACCAACGCCUGCCCUUUGACCUGUGCCAACUUGGACGAACCCGAAGAGCCGUGCCCCCUGCCUUGUCAGGAGGGGUGUCAGUGCGAAGACGGCUUCGCGCUGCGGGAUGGCCUGUGCGUGGCGCGCAGAGAUUGUGGCUGCAUCUACCACAGGCGUCAGCUGGCCACCAACCAGACGUUCUGGACAGACUGGGAGUGCCAGGAGCGCUGCUACUGCAAUGGCUCUGACAACAACGUAUACUGUCAGCUCGCGCCGUGUCACCCUGAGGAGUACUGCCAGGAGAAUGACGGCCUGUAUUUCUGCCAGCCGCGCUCUGAGGCUCUGUGUGUGGCAGCUGGCUAUGGACAUUUUUUGCCAUUUGGCGGAGUGCCGUUCGAGCUGCAGAGCUCUUGCACUCUCAGGAUGGUCACCACCAGAUGUGGGAGGGGGAACAUGGCGCACGUACCCAUCACCAGAACUUUUCCUCCAUUUAAACUGGCGGUUCGUAACGAGGACAGAGACACGAGCCAAGCAAUUUGGGUGAGGGGUUUUGUGCUGGAGGUUUACGAGUAUGAAAUUGAAGCAUCUCGAAGCUACAGAAACACCGUCACGGUGAAUAAGGAGCGACUGUACCUUCCCCUGAAGCUGGGCCCAGGAAAGGUCAAUAUCUUCACCUUUGGCAUGCACCUCAUUUUGGAGACAGACUUUGGCCUGAAGGUGGCCUUUGACUGGAACACUCUCCUGCUCUUGACUUUACCCCGCGACCUCUACAACUCCACCUGUGGCCUUUGCCAGGGCGUGCCUCUGUCCCCACCCACCCUUUCCACUACCGAAUGGGGCAUGGCCUGGGCGGAGAGGGACACUUUCUGCCAGGUGGGCUGCGGUGACUCCUGCCCGCGCUGUGGCCUCGGAGAGAAAAGCUCCCUAAACGACACCCCUCUCAUGGUGGCUGAUGCCAACAUGAACGCUGGGAGCGACGAUGAAGCAAAUGGAGUCAGCACUGGCAUACGUUUCCACAUCGGUGACGGGCUCUAUGUGUUUGUGGAGCCCGAGGCAGUGAGGCUGUGUGGGUUACUUGUUGAUCGGGGAGGCGUGUUUGCACGGUGUCACAGCAAGGUGGCGCCAGCGUUCUUUUAUCAAAGCUGCCUCCAGGACACCUGCUUGGAUCAGGGAGCUCAGGAUACGAUCUGUAACUGGCUGCAGAUCUAUGCCAGCACCUGUCAGACCCAGGGGGUGCAUGUCACCGACUGGAGGAGCGACACACCGUGUGUCCAGAGCUGUCCACCUAACAGCCAUUACUCGAGUUGCAUGUCAGUUUGCCCGCCCCAGUGUGCACCAGCCCGCGGCCAGAGGGACUGCAGCCAGGACUGCGUGGAGGGCUGCCAGUGCGACCAGGGCUACGUGCUCAACGGCAAGAGCUGCAUCCUUUCUCAGAACUGUGGCUGCUAUACCGAUGGCACAUACUAUGAGCCCAAGCAGCUUUUUUGGAACGCCGACUGCACCAAACGCUGCCAGUGCAUCGGACGAAACCUGAUUCAGUGCAAUCCAAGGCGAUGCAAGGCAGAGGAGGAGUGCACCCUCCGGUACGGGGUUCGGGGCUGCUUUGCCCGCCGCUCCCAGCACUGCGUGGCAUCAGGCGGCGGAGUGUUCAGGACAUUCGACGGGGCAUCGCUGCGACUGCCGGCCUCGUGCUCCUUCGUCCUGUCCACAAACUGUCACAAGCUGCCCGACCUCUCUUUCCAGCUCAUUGCCAACUUUGAUAAAUGGAGCACGCCCAACCUCACCACCAUCUCGCAUGUCUACCUGUAUAUAAAUGAGGAGAAUAUACUCAUCUCUGGCAGCACUGUCAAGGUUAAUGGCACACCAGUAUCCGUACCAUUUGUAACAGGGCUGAUGACGCGCCUGUCCACAUCUGAGGGUUUCAUUGUCAUCGACACACCCCAGGACAUCCAGGUUCGCUACAACCACUUUAACACCCUUAGCAUCACAAUGGGCCAGCGGCUCCAGAACAAGGUGUGCGGCCUUUGUGGGAAUUUCAAUGGGGACCCUAAUGAUGACUACAUCACCUCAAGGGGCAAGCCGGCUGUCAGCGCCCUGGAGCUGGCACAGAGCUGGAAGACCAACGGCAUGCAGAACAGUUGUGAUGAGACCCAGUAUGUGGCUUUGGCUCAGUCCUGCGACAACUCGGCCAUCCUGGCUCUGCAGAGUGAAGAUGCCUGUCAGAAGCUCACCCAGCUCAAAGGCUUCUUCCAGCCAUGCCACGGCCUGCUGGAUCCCCGUCCUUUCUACCAGUCCUGCUACCUGGAUGGCUGCUACAAUCAUCGCAAGGCUCAGGUCUGUGGAUCACUGGCCGCCUAUGCAGAAGCCUGCCGGUCCAUGGGCACCCUCACGACCAAGUGGAUCACCCAAGAGAACUGCUCAGAAUGGAUCUAUGACCCCUGUGCAGGAGAGAUCUGCACAAACUUCACCUGUGAGCUGGAGAAUGGAGGCGAUCUGUGUGGCUGUCCGGAGUUACCCACCAACACUGAAGGCGAGGAUGACAUCAUCCAAGCGGAGGUGACCUGUAAGCAUGCUCAGAUGCAGGUUUCCAUCUCCAAGUGUAAGCUCUUCCAGCUGGGCUUUGAACGGGAAGAUGUCCGGAUCAACGACGAGCACUGCGCUGGCAUUGAGGGAGAGGACUUCAUCUCCUUCCACAUUAACAACACUAAGGGACACUGCGGUUCCAUUGUACAGUCCAACGGCACACACAUCAUGUAUAAAAACACUGUGUGGAUAGAAAGUGUGAACAACACUGGGAACAUCAUCACCAGAGACAAGACCAUCAACGUGGAGUUUUCCUGCGCCUAUGAGCUGGACCUAAAGAUCUCACUGGAGACUGUCCUCAAACCCAUGCUCAGCGUCAUUAACCUCACCCUACCGACCCAGGAAGGAAACUUCAUUACCAAGAUGGCUCUGUAUAAAAACUCCUCGUACCGCCAUCCAUACAGAGAGGGGGAGGUGGUGCUCAGCACUCGAGACAUCCUGUACGUAGGCGUCUUUGUGGAAGGAGCGGAUGAAAACCAGCUCAUCCUUAUAGUGAAUAUGUGCUGGGCCACACCGUCGCGCUACAGCAGUGAUCGACUCCGCUACAUCAUCAUUGAGAGAGGGUGCCCAAACAUUAAGGACAAUACCAUUGGCAUGGCAGAAAACGGCGUAUCACUCACCUGCCGCUUUCACGUCACCGUCUUCAAGUUCAUCGGGGAUUACGAUGAAGUCCACCUGCACUGUGACGUUUCUCUGUGCGACUCAGAGACGAACGCCUGCAAAGUGAACUGUCCACAUAAGAGAAGAAUGUACUCAGAGGACAGUGACCAUAAAGAGCACAUACUGUCUGUUGGACCCAUAAGAAGAAGAGAGUCUGACUGGUGUGAGGAGAACAAUGGAGGCUGUGAGCAAAUCUGCACCAGUAAGGCCGCUGGGCCCAUCUGCAGCUGUGUGACUGGGAUGCUGCAAAGAGAUGGGAAGAGCUGCCGGGCCGUGAGCUCAAGCAGUGACAUCACACCUGCGAUUCCUCUGCUGAGCGUCAGCGCUGCGAUCUCCGUGCUCCUGGCUCACCUUCACACUCUUCUCCUCUCCUAACGCUCUGUGAGCUAAGAGAAGGCAAUAAAUGACAAAGAUCAAACACACAAAAAGA